UUAUUGGUCUCUGUUUACCACAUCCCUAAGAGCAAAUCGGAAGUUACGCGCAAAAUGUCAAUACAUAAUUUGUUACAAAUACUUUGUAAUUUAUUUCCAAAUAAAUACUUCUGAAAGCGAUUAUCAAAGCCGGUCUACAAUAAAUGUGCGACGUGUAAUAACAUAUUUUAAUGGCACAUCUUAUUUAGCCUCGCAAGUUAAUUUGUAACUAUGCAAAGAAAACCUAGCUAUCCCGUGCCGAACUGUAGCAUCAAGAUGCCAGAUUGUCUGCCACCGGACCUGAUGGUAGGCGAGGAUGACAAUGAGCAGCAGCAGCGUAGACAGCACCUUAUAAACUUUGGCCAUUCCCAGUGGGGGUUCAAUAACUGGAGCUGGUCUGUCACCAAACAGGAACUUGACUUUGUGGAUUUUGCAAAUGGCAAAUACUGUGCAGGCGUAGUUGCGUUUGUGUCCAUCAAACUCAAGAACUUGGACAUACACAGGGAGAACAUUGGGUAUGCCACCUCAACAGCCAAUACUAAAGGACUGGCCAUUUACAAGUCUAGAAAGUGUGCAGUGACAAAUGCAUUGCGUGAGACAUUGUUAAGUUUUGGCGGCAAAGUUGCCUCUGACCUCCUGGAGAUACUUGAGACCGCGCGUCCGGACGUGCCCAGCGUCAAUGGGCCAGGAGUCAGCGCCCCCCUCGUCAAUGCAUCUCUUGUCGGUGCGCCACUAGUCAGUGCAUCUCUCGCCAACUCGCCCCUGGGCAACCUGCCAGUCAACACCCCCAUUACCCUCGCCGACCAAACGGAGAACAACCAGAACAUCGCUAAUCGUCUCGAGCCGAAGACGUCGCCGGUGGCGUUGUGCCCGCGCAAGGAGGAGGUGCGUCCCGUGGCGGUGCCGCCGAUGGCGCGCGCCAUGCCCAUGCCGGCCGCGCUGCCGCCCGCGCCGGCGCCCGCCCGCGUGCCGCCCGCGCAUGCGCCGCACCCCGCCGCCGUGCCGCUGCGCCCCAACUCCAACGUAAGUUUCGUGCUGUCGCCGGUGGUGGGCGGACUGUACGCGCCGCGGCCGCCGGUGUUCCCCGAGUACUACGAGUGCGCGGGCCCGUGGCACUUCGCGUGCGAGCCCCCGUGCCCCCCGUGCCACCCGUACCCGCCGCGCGGCCCGGUGUUCCGCGGCCCCCCGGAGGAGCCUCCCGCCUGCGCGCCGCCGCCGGCUCGGGGUUGUUGGAUCAAGCCGACCAUUUUCUACGAUGGUUUUUGGACCGAACAGAAGGUUAAGAAGUGGGUCGCGGAACAAGUAGAAAAGCGGUUCCCGGGCGACUCUCCGAAGUCGUCGCCGAGCGGCGGGGCGCAACCGGACAUGCAUGGGCCAAAAUAAUAUGCGCGUGGCCUUACACCAAAUUCUUUAUAUUUAGGCGGACCGGGAAGUAAUAUGACCAACCUAUUGGAAGUUUUGAAUAUAGUAGAGCGUGAAUUUAACGGACGUAAAAACAAUAUUUUUUGCUAUCCAUUUGUUAGUUAAGUAUUUAAACGGCGCAUUUUACGUACCUAUUUAAGAACGAUAUUCAUUGAUAAUGCAGGCACUAAAGAGGCAGUGAUGGUAUACUGAUUCAUAAAAUAUUUUUCGGAGGCUACUGCGCAAAUCUAGGUAUUUAAAAUCUAUUUUGUGGUUGUGUCAUGACCUGCUCUAUCAACGAACAGCCCUUACAAAAUAAAUUUUAUUAAUAUUGUCCGAUUCCGGUCCGUUAGCACCGAUGGCCAGGUUUUCAAUCAAUCAUUAUAGAUAACUAAACAGCACCUAUGCUGGUCUCUGCUUUAUUCAGAUAAUGCCCUUAUCAAAUGUUUUUCUACGAAUUAAUAUACAAAACAUGCCGUGUUUUAUACAAAUUAAAAGAUAAUACGCACCCCUAGAUAUGAGCUGACUUGCACACAAAAGAAAUGAAAAAAAUCCUUAAUCAUAGCACAGAGAUAUAAGUGGAAAAAGUGUGCACCUCCCAACAUAGUUCAACUUAACUAUUGGUUGAACAAAUAUAACAUGUGAAACUCAACUUAGAUCUGUUCAGCCCAGCACCAUAUUGAUUAAUGAUUCUUCGUUCAUGGCUCUCAAAACACAGAUAGUGACCGCAGUUUAUUCAUUAUGCGUAACGAGAAACUUAUAGAUUUUCAUCUAUGGUAACCGCCAGGUUUAGGAUUAGCAAUAAUUAAAAAUUUACUUGCACACGUAUGUACUCUUUACUCACAUUCGUGUUACAAUAGGUUCGUAUUCGCUCACUGCCUAUUUUUAAAAGUUGUUUUAUCUAUUUCAUACUUUUUAGUGAUGAUAUUUUUAUUGAUAUAAACGUGGUAAUGAACGAAUGCUAAUCUUCGGAUAAUCUCAAAAGAAACUAUUUUAUAAAUGGAUUUUGUCGAUGUUAUAGUGUAAGUGGAAUUUUAAAUCUAGUUAUAGUCGAUGUUGACUAAGCAUUUCUGUCUGUUGUGUGGUGUGAUUUAUUUAACACUAUAAGGAGGAUGAAAAUAUCUCGUGGAUCUCAUUUUUAAUGCAGACGUGAGCAGGCAUGCUAUGCCCCAGCUUGUCAGUUUGUGACUAUCUAAUAUCUCCUUACAACAAACCAGAAGAGGACGCAGCUCUCAGAAUAUAUUAUGUAUUUUAUCAUAAUAGUAAAAAAUCUAAAACCACGAACAUAUUUUCGUAUUGCAUUUAGAGUUUAAAAUUCAGAUAUAUCAACGAGGGUUUUGCAAAAAAAUGUGUUAA